ACACUUAAGGUAUCAGUUGAAAAAGUAUCAACAAGAAAUCAACAAAACAUGAAUAUAAGAUUAUUAACUCUGUGCUUCGUAGCAAUAACAGCGUUUAGCGUUGUUGAUGCAAACAGCCUAUCGCGAUGGAAUCCUAUUAACCUCGCUAUGAAAAUGCCAAUGGACCUUUUUGGUAGCCACAAGAAAACUAACUCAGGAUCAGGAUCAUCAACAGGAACAGCCACAACAGCUUCAGAGUCAAAAACUGGUCAAAAACCAACCACCACAGCUUCAGAUUCAUCAUCAAGACCAACAACAUCAACAUCAACCAGUAACUCACCUAACUCAGCAUCAUCAGGUUCAGGAUCAGCAGCAUCAAGUUCAGCAGCAGCAGCUUCAGACUCA